AUGGAGAAGCGCUCGCUGUUUCCUCGGCCACCUACGGAAUGUGUGAUAGGAGCCAGCUGGAAAAGGCAGUUUCCCUCCUUGGGGAAGAGUCCCGCCGAGUACCGGAAAGGCGACGCGCGGCCGGGCAGGGGCAGCCCCGUGCCCGGCUCUGCAGGGGGCGCCGCGGGCGGGAGGCGGGGCCGGGAGGAGCCCGGUGCCGUGUCCUGUGCCGUGCCGGGGGCGAGGGAGCGGCCGCGGGGCGAUCCACCGCCUUGCUGCGCCGCCGAUGUGAGGGAAGGGGAGCGGCCCCUUGCCCGCCAGCCCCGGACCAUGGCGGCCCCCGGAGCCCCUGGAGAAUAUGAUGUGCUGAUUGUGUAUGCAAGUGACGCCACUGAAUGGUGUCAGUACCUCCAGAACCUCUUCCUCUUCACUUGGCAAGUUCGAAAGCAUCGGAUUCUGAGCUACCAGCUGGAAGACGACUCUGCCAUCUCCCACCAGGAGCUGGACCUGUUCAGCAGAAGUCGGAGUAUCAUCCUUUUGCUUUCUGCUGAGCUGGUGCGGAGUUUUUACAUUCCUCACAUCCUGCAGAGCCUUCAGGAAGCUUUAUGGCCCCCGUGCAAAGUAGUCAAGCUGUUUUGUGGUAUUACGGACUGUGAUGAUUAUUUGACUUUUUUCAAGGACUGGUCUCAGUGGCAAGAACUCACAAAUGAUGAUGAGCCUGAUGCUUACCUUGCAGCUGUUGAGAAGGCUAUUUCAGAAGACUCAGGCUGUGACUCUGUGACUGAUACAGAAACAGAAGACGAGAAGAAUCCAGUUGACUCCCACAGACCUGCCAUGAGUGAAGAACAUGGAUCAUCCAAGAGCACUGGGGACUGUCCAGUGGUGCAGCCCAACCGCAUACAAUGUGGGGUGCAGACAACAGUUUAUAUUAUCAUGAAAUGUAAACUCAAUAGUGAAAUGAAAACUGAAGUUGAAUUUUCUCCAGAGAAUGCAUCUUCUGUGCGUGUGCUGGCUGAGAUGGAGAAUGAGUACACAAUCUCUGUGAAGGCUCCAAAUUUAACCUCUGGGACAGUGCCCCUGCAGAUAUAUUCAGGGGACUUGAUGGUGGGAGAAACAAGUGUAACUUACCAUACUGACAUGGAGGAAAUCAGCAAUCUGUUGGCUAAUGCAGCCAACCCUGUACAGUUCAUGUGCCAGGCCUUUAAAAUUGUGCCAUACAGCAUAGAAGCCCUGGACAAACUAUUGACUGAAUCACUCAAGAAGAACAUUCCUGCCAGUGGUCUACACCUUUUUGGAAUCAACCAGCUGGAAGAAGAAGAUAUGACAGCAAAUCAAAGGGAUGAGGAGUUGCCAACACUGCUUCACUUCUCUGCAAGAUAUGGGCUGAAGAACCUUACUGCCUUGCUGCUUACGUGCCCUGGAGCACUGCAGGCCUACAGCGUAGCCAACAAGUAUGGCCACUAUCCAAACACCAUAGCAGAAAAGCAUGGCUUUAAGGAUCUCCGCCAGUUCAUUGAUGAAUAUGUGGAAACUGCAGAUAUGCUGAAGAGUCACAUUAAGGAAGAGCUGAUGCAAGGCGAGGAGGAUGAGUCGGUAUAUGAGUCCAUGGCUCAUCUGUCCACUGAUCUGUUAAUGAAAUGUUCCUUGAAUCCAGGCUCCGAUGAAGAGCUUUAUGAAUCCAUGGCUGGAUUUGUCCCGGGUGCCCCAGAAGAUCUUUAUGUAGAGAUGCUUCAAUCCAAACCAGACACUCCAGUUGCUGGAGAUGAAGUUUCUAUAACUACAAAAGACUCAAUGCUCCGCAAGUUUUUAGAAGGUGGUAGCAUGGAUGUGCCAGAUUCUGAGGAAGGAGGUCAUGAGCAGUAUGGUGAAGACGUGUACUACUCAGUGGAACAAGACCCUUUUCCACAGGAAAUGGCUAACAGACCUCCAGUUCCUGUUCCAAGACCAGAAUCUAGCUCUCCACAGCCAGACAAUGAGCUGUACAUCUCCAAAAUUUUUGCACAGAAGGCUCAAAGACCUGAGAAUCUUUAUGUCCCUAGGGGAAGGGUUAAGAAAGAGACAAUAGUCAGGCCUGUAAAGGACCUGUCUCAAUCAAGUAUAUAUGAUCCAUUUGCUGGAAUGAAAACCCCAGGCCAGCGGCAGCUGAUUACAUUACAGGAGCAAGUGAAAAUGGGCAUCCUCACUGUGGAUGAAGCUGUACUUCAUUUUAAGGAGUGGCAACUGAACCAGAAAAAGAGAUCAGAAUCAUUCCGGUUCCAGCAGGAAAAUCUGAAACGUCUACGAGACAGCAUAACCAGGAGGCAAAUGGAGAAGCAAAAAAAGGACAAAAGUGCAGAUUUGGAAAUUACAGUACCCAUUCGACAUUCUCAUAAUACUUUGGGGAAACCGGAAUGUGCAAUAUAUGAAUACACCCCCAGGAAAAAUGUUUUUCCACUAAAAAAGGAGUUAAAACGAGGAGACUGGAAAACAGAAAGCACAUCCAGCACAACAAGUAGUGCAAGUAACCGCUCCAGCACUCGGAGUGUAUUGAGUGUCAGCAGUGGGAUGGAAGGGGACAGUGAGGACAGUGAAGUCCCAGAAACAGCAAGGAGCCGCAGCCCAAUUCCUCACCAAGUAGAGAGGCUUCCUUUUCCAGAAAGGCCUCCCAGAGUGCCUCCUCGAGGUGCAAGCAGACCUGUAAGCUGUGAAGGCUUUUAUCCUCCACCUGUGCCCCCAAGAGGUCGCUGAAUCUCUCAACAUCUGUGGAAUAUGAGAUUUUUUUUGUUUGUUUGUUUAUAUAUGUGUUUGUACAGAUUUUUUUUGGGCUGUGUUAAAUUAUUUAUAAGUGGGACCCAAAUGAUUUCAUCCUCCUGGAAGCUCUAGUGACUUUUCCCACGAUUUUCACUGGGACUUUUUGGCAUUCUAUAACUUUUUUUAAGUUUGUGGAAUUUUGGUGCUUUGGGGCUUCAAGAAAAGGUAUCAUCAUUGGGAAGAACAUUGUGUGUCUUGGGAGCCCUGCACCAACAUGAAGAUCCCAUUUGAUCAAGAAAGCACAUGUGUCCUUUUAGGAACUAAAUCCUGAUAAGCAUUGUUACCAAACCUCUCAAUACAGUCUACCAGGGCUUGACUGGGAAACAUGCUUAAAAAGUAAAGAAAAUAAGAUGUUUGAAAAAUGCUCAUUACAGCAGGAACAGGUGGUACUGCUGCUUGGCAUAACAUUUUGGAUACAAUUAUACUGACCUUUCAGAAGGUGUAGCAUCCCCCUUUAGCAAUCAUUAAACCAUGGGGGAAUGAGAAAUUGUCUUCAAGAAUGUAUUUUGCAUACAACCUUGAAAAUGCCUUUCCUUUUUCUGUUCGCUUCCUGAAGAGGACAGACAAGGUGUUGUGUGUGCUCUAUUUAUCAUGAAAAUUCCCAAGACAGCUGGUAAGGGACCUUCCAUAUCACAAACCAACUGUGCUUAGACCUUUUUCAGGCAGGGUGCAGGUAUGGUGUUACAAAAUCAAAUCACAUGACUGAGCUCUCAAAUUAGAGGAGGACUUGCUGGCAGUGCUCUGUUCUGUGUCUCUUACAUGUGGUCAUUAUGCAGCAACAUGAAGGCAUUUCACUUCAUACUCUGGAACAGUAGUGAGUCCCCAGUUAUCAGUGCACACCCCUCACAAAUACCAGCUGUGUUUUAGCUGGCUGCACUGGAAACAGCCUGAGGGCUGGACUCUGCUUGCUCUGCUAUCCCUUUCUACCAAUGUGAAUCUGCAGCAGCUAUGUCCAGCCUUUUUUCUGCCUGAGGGCUUACAAACUUAAGAAGACUUCCUGGUUUGGCUCUCUUCCAGACCUUGAAAUCUUCUGUGUAUAUCCUAACCCUUGGGAGACAAUUUAAGGCUCUUGUUGUCCAUGAGUGACACAGGUGGGAAUCUGCAAGAUAACAUUCAGGGUAGAGAAUGAAACAUCAUUACAUACUUGGUUUUCAGGGAUGAUAGAGGGGGUAAUGGCUUGAAAAACAGACAGAUACAUCUGUAUUAGGUGAUCCCUCAGGUAUAGGUAGGACAUGUAGAGCUUCUGUCCGAUCAUGUCAGCUCCCCUUCAUGUGUAGGAGAGCAGGUUUUUGGUGCUGAAAUGAGGAAAAUAGUAGCAAGGAUAAGUGAAGAAAUUAGGGAUAAAAAGAGAUAAACCAAAAGAAGAAAUUCAGCAGCUUGAUUGUCUUCAGCUGUCAUAUGCAUUGGUUUGCACACAGCUCCCUGGUUUUGCUCAAAAAUUCCCUGUCUUCUUGGUGCUGACUGCAGCUGUGCCCUGGACCUUGGGAGCUGUGAUGUGGUAAGAGGAAU